AUGAGCAACCGCAGCGAGGAAUGCGACUUCACCACCAUCGACAGCUUGGCAAAGACACUCCAGUUCGGCAUCUCCAUUCCCACCUUCAUCCUUGGCUUGGUUCUCAACACCUUGGCGCUCUCCAUGUUCUGCUGCUUUUGGAAGAAGCAGACCAAGACCUCGAUCUACAUGAUCAACCUUGCCAUCGCGGACGUCCUGCUGCUCCUCUCGCUGCCGCUCAAGCUCUACUACUCGGUCACCGAGGCGCCGGGGCUCUUGUGCGCCUUCAUCGAGUCUCUCUACUUCGUCAACAUGUACGGCAGCAUCUUCAUUAUUGUCUGCAUUACAGUGGACAGAUACAUCUGCAUAAGGCACCCCUUCGACGGCCGAGCUAACCAGUCCCCCAAGUGGGCAAUCCUGAUUUGCUGCUUCAUUUGGGCAGUAGUCUGGCUUUGCAGCAGCCCCAUGUACGCGUUUCACAAGCACGAGAACUUCAAGUGCUUUCACAACAUGUCAGAACAGGCCUGGAGCAUCCCCCUCAUUGUUUCUGUGGAGAUUUUUGGGUUCCUGAUCCCACUCUCGGCCAUGGUUUUCUGUUCUGUUCAAAACAUCUUUAUUCUUGUGAAUCAAAAAAGCAGAGGUAAAAAGCACGAAGAAGAUAGCGGCUCCUUACGAGUCAUUGCCAUUAACCUGGUGGUAUUUUUGGUGUGCUUCACCCCAGUCCACCUCGGGAUCUGCCUGCAGUGCCUGGUGCGACAGCACGUCAUAGAAGACUGCAGUCUGAAACAGAACAUCAGCUUCUUCAUUCAGAUGUCUAUGAUAUUUGCCAAUCUGAACUGCUGCCUCGAUGCCAUCUUUUAUUACUUUGCCGUAAAAGAAUUUUGUGAAAAAACAAGCAUGAAGAAGGUUAUCGAACUCUGUCCUGCCUUUAAGCCUUGUGCUACAAGACAGGAUUGCCUGCAGUGGAAGAACUUCUCUUCCUCAUCUCCCACUUGCCUUGCAGGACUCUGA